AUGAUCAAAGCUGGUGAUUUAAUUCGGAAGAAUCAACUUACCUCUAUCUUCUUCAUUGAUCUAGGGAAAGCUAAACAUCAACUCUACGCAAUUAUUCGUAAAAGUAUCGAACCAAACCGGAACCGACGUCAACACGCUAAAACUAAAAGUCUAGAACAAAAAUAA